CCCAAGCCAAAGAUAAAAUCUUUAUUUAUUAAAAAAACAAAAAGAAAAAAAAAAACGCGUCAAUAAAUUCAAUUUUCGACAACGAAUUCAAAGCUUUCGUUCGCAGAAAUCUUCAUCAGAUUGCCCCCUUUUCGUCAGACCCUCGUUAUCUGGAAAGAGGGUUGUUGCAAUCUGAUUGCAUUAGUCGAAAACAGGGCAAAAAAUUCAAGAUUCGAGCGACUUCAUUACAUUAUUGAUUUUACUUUCGGAAAAAAAGGUUUUCGAAGUACUAUAUUAUAAUCCCAUGUUUUCCGUGCGUGGGACAAGUGUACGACUCGGAUGGCCUUUCCCGUAGUGGGUCUUCAUCGUAAAAGCCAAACAAACAAAGUCCCUCUGUUAAUGGAGCGUGCAGAAACUCGUAAUGAUAGUGAACACAUAAUCGACAUAGCUGGCACCAGUAAUGCUUCUUCUUCUUCAUCGUCGUCGUCUAGUUCGUCCAACGAAAGACCGUCCAAUGGACAAAACAGUGAAGAUCUUCCGUCCACUAGUUCACGGGUCCCGGUGUAUCAACCUCAACUACUUUCUUCGGGGUCAAAUUCAAGAAAUUCGUCGCUUCUUCGAAGAGGGAAUACUCGAGGGCGGCAAAGGAGCCCGUUAAAUUCGGGUCUGUGGAUAUCUGUUGAGCUGGUUUUGACAGUUAGUCAAAUUAUCGCCGCUAUUGUUGUUUUAUCUUUGUCGGAGCACGAGAAGCCACAAGCUCCGUUAAGAGCGUGGGUUGUGGGUUACGCAACUGGUUGUACGGCGAUUCUUCCACUUUUGUACUGGCGGUUUAGAUAUCGAAACCAGGGUACCGAACAGGAGGCAGCAUCUCAGAUUCGAUUGGAAUCUUCCGUCGGGAAUAAUAGCGGGGCACCCUUGACUCGGAGAGUCGUUGAAGGGGAAGAUCGCCGGUCAACUGGUGCGUUGACCAGAGGUGCCCAGGGUAUUGGGUUGCCGAAUGCAAGGCUUAAGGUAUUCGUCGAAUAUUUCAAGAUGGCUUUGGAUUGCUUCUUUGCUGUUUGGUUUGUCGUUGGCAAUGUAUGGAUUUUCGGAGGGCACUCGUCAUCUGCUGAAGCUCCUAACUUGUACAGGUUGUGUAUAGUAUUUCUAGCCUUUAGCUGCAUCGGAUACGCUAUGCCGUUUAUUCUAUGCACUACAAUCUGCUGCUGCCUUCCUUGUAUAAUAUCAGUCUUGGGCUUCAGAGAAGAUUUUUCCCAGAAUAGAGGAGCUACUCCAGAAUCGAUUAAUUCUCUUCCGACCUAUAAAUUCAAAGCGAAAAAAAAUAAGAGCGGCAAUGAUAAGGAAGGCGGCAUAGUGGCGGCAGGAACAGAGAAAGAGCGUGUGAUAUCCGAAGAGGAUGCGGUUUGCUGUAUUUGCUUAGCAAAAUACGCGAACAACGACGAGCUUCGAGAGUUGCCUUGCUCACAUUUCUUUCACAAAGAAUGUGUCGAUAAAUGGCUGAAAAUCAAUGCAUCGUGUCCACUCUGCAAAGCUGAAGUCGGUGAGACGAUUUUGACUUCACUAACAGAAGCCACUGCCAGCUUGCGAAAUAGCACCGUUUGAUGAAUUUGUCGAUAAAGGAAAGAAAAAAAAACUUCUUAUUUUUUUCGGGUUUAAAUUGGUUCUUUUAAUCGAGGAAGCUCGAUCAGUUAUUUAUGGUUUGAGUCUUUUUUAUGCCCCAUAAGUUGAUAAUUUUUUUGAUUGUUUGUUUGGGAUGUAGAAGAAUCGUUGACCUUUGUAGCUUUUCUGUGUAUACGUGUUGAUUUUCGAUUUCUAUGGGAGAAAGAUUUAUGUAACAAUGCCGGUUUAUGUAUAUGCUUCUUGUUUGUUUCAGUGAAUAUUUUACAAUCAUGUCACGUUAUUAAUAAAAUGUACUCGAACGA